AUCACGACGCGACAUGUGCGCGUGCGCAGGGACCGUGGCCCACGCACACGUGUCGGUCUGCUGUGAGGAGUCGGGAGCAUGGCGGCGCUGGAUCGCCCACAGGUUAAAAAGGCAGUGCAGGCCUUGCUCGCAUACACAAAGGCCAAAAAUAAAACAGAUGAACUGCUUUUGAAUGAGAAUGAGAAUGUAUACUUAAUGGUGACAGUAUGGAAAAUCCCACCACAAGAACAAGUUAUCAAAAUCCCACUUCCUCAUGGUAUUCGACCAGAAACAUCUGAAGUUUGCCUCUUCACAAAAGAUGAACCUGAAUUAUCUGCAGAACAGACUGAAAACUUGUACAAGAAACUGUUGAUCCAGAAUGGGAUCACAAGUAUCAGCCAGAUCAUCUCUUAUAAAACUCUCAAAAAAGAAUACAAACCAUUUGAAGCAAAACGUCGUCUCCUGAACAGAUUUGACCUCUUCCUGGCUGAUGACCGAAUUAGAAGGCUUUUGCCCUCACAUAUAGGGAAACACUUUUAUCAAAGCAAAAAGGCACCUUUAUCUGUAAACCUGAAAGCCAAGAAUCUAGCUAAGGAACUAAACAAACAUAUUCAGGGAACUAUACUUCCAGUUACCAACAAGGGGUGUUGUUAUACAGCACGUGUAGGUCACACUGGAAUGAAAGCUGAUGAGUUAUUAGAAAAUGUUACUGUUGCCGCUGAGGUGAUUUCCAAGAAGUUGCCAAAGAAUUGGAAAAAUAUUAAAGUUCUUCACCUGAAAACACUCAAAUCUGUUGCUCUCCCAAUCUUCAAUUCAUAUAUCUCCAAUUUAGAUGAGCUUGACAAGCAGCCAUCUCUGCAUCAAAAGGGAGUACAGAAAAAGGAAGGGACAAAAAGGAAACAGAAGGCAGUCACAAAACAGAAGGCAGUCACAAAACAGACUUCAACUAAAGCCAAAGUGAUAGCUGAAAAGAAGAUGAAGAAUAAUGCUACUACCAAAGAUCUUGAGAUGGAACAGAAGAGAAAAGCAGAAACCUUGGCAGUCACAGAACCAGAUGAGGAUGAUGGAGAAAUUCCGCAACUUGUUCCUAUUCAAACAGAAGCCAAUGUAACUGGGCAGGAGAAAACUGAACCAAAUCAGACUCCAGGAAAAGGUGUAAACAUGAGCAGAAAACCUGAGACACCACUUGGUAAGAGAAAGAUGGCAUCGUUGGCUCCAGAGACUCCAAAAACAAAACUGAAAUUGGCUGAAAAUGAGGAAGAUUUGCCAACACCAGCUCAACAGAAACAGCCCAAGAAGCCCAGGAUCCCAAAGGAAGUAGUAAAGGAGAAGGAGCUGAAAAAGACUCCCAAAAAAACAGCAGCAAAAUCCUUUGACACACCUCAUGGGGGCAAGCUUGUAAAGUCAGCCAAGAAAGCUCCCAAAACCCCAAAACAGAUGUCCAAGAAAAUGAAAGUCCCACAAUCAGUCUGAACUCUGUCAGUUAUAUUAUUGCUUUAUCCUAUAAAGUGAACUGAUUAAACGUAUUUGUUUUGCUUAAAAAAAUAAAAAAUCACUAUAAACUAGAGAAAACUGCUUGAUUAAAAGAGAGCCUGAGCAUAGGGAGCUGUCUUUACCAAGGUUUGUAAUGGCCUGUCAGUGUUUCCUUCCAGUAGCAGUGGUGCUAUGAGACAUGUAAAUAAACCUUUUUCUAAUUUG